AUGUUGGGUAAGCCCGGGGGCGUCCCGUGUUAUUGUAUGUCGCUUCACCCCUUGCCCUUAUAUAGUCGCCACCGCGCUUUAGCCGCCGGCGGAACCCCUCAGACCUCUCCCGGGGGUUCCCCUCGCCGUAGAAAACGACUCACACCGAGUCCUCGAAACGGGGACCCGCCCGUCACGUGCCGCUACUAUCUGCCCUCACGUUGCUUUUCUGCUUCGUCUUUUUUUUUCUGCCGCAUCGGCCACCGCCGCGCAGCACUUGGCGCAUAUAUCUUCGAGGAGCAUCGCGCGGGCCCCGCACGCCGAUGCUCCUUUCGUCCGCAGCACUCAAUGUCCGACUACACCUGCUCUCAGACCAUGCGCGACUUUCUGCGCGAGCUACCCAAGUGCGAGCACCACGUCCACCUCGAGGGCACCCUCGAGCCCGACCUGUUGUUCCCGCUCGCAAAGCGCAACAACGUCUCGCUUCCGGCAGACUUCCCAAGCUCCGCCGAGGCCCUGCACGAGCGCUACAACCGGUUCGCAGACCUCGCGGAUUUUUUGCAUUUCUACUAUAUUGGCACCAACGUUCUACUGCUCGAACAGGACUUCUUCGAUCUCGCCUGGGCUUAUUUCCAGCGCGCAGCUGCACAGGGUCUUCGCCACGCAGAAAUGUUCUUUGACCCGCAGAGCCACACCACGCGUGGUGUGGCGCUGGACGCCGUAGUGGGCGGGUUUCGGCGCGCGUGCGAGCGCGCCGAAACGGAGCUCGGCGUCACGUCCAAGCUGAUUAUGUGCCUGCUGCGCCAUUUGCCCGUGCCCGAGUGUCUGGCGACCGUGCAAAGCGCGCAGCCGUUCUUUGAAUCGGGCACGGUUCAGGGCCUGGGGCUCGACUCCGCGGAACGGCCCUUUCCCCCGGAGCUGUUCACAGAAUGUUACGAGCAGGCACGCCGGUUCCAGCCGGAGCUGCGGCUGACGGCCCACGCGGGCGAAGAAGGACCCGCGUCGUACGUCACGACGGCGCUUGACCUGCUCGGCGCGCAGAGAAUCGACCACGGCGUGCGCUGCGUCGAGGACGCAGCGCUUGUAGCACGGCUGGCCUCCAGCGACACGCUACUGACGGUGUGCCCACUGUCGAACGUGCGGCUGCAGGUCGUGCAGCAUGUGCGGGAGCUGCCGCUGCAGAAACUGCUGGACGCGGGUGUACCGUUCUCGCUCAACUCGGACGACCCGGCGUACUUCGGCGGCUACGUGCUGGACAACUACGUAGCCGUGCAGCAGGCCUUCGGCUGGUCGCGCCAGACGUGGGCCCGCGUCGCAGGCGCGGCUGUCCGCGGCUCCUGGUGCGACGACAAACGCAAGACGGAGCUGCUGGACCAGAUCGAGCGCGUGGUCGCUAAGUACGAGGCGAUCGCGGAUUAG